UCAGGAGACGCCUCAGGGACGAGUAGAUUUUACUAAAGGGAUCACUUUUGUGUGUUAUUGUGCUGUUUCUCAAAACUGGCCUUUGAACUGGGCUUCAGGACCAUGGACAGCGCUCUGGACAGACUUGAUGCUGCAUGCUUCUUGCAGGUCUGGCAGAAUUUUGACAAAGAAGAUAAAGGUUACAUCGAAGGAAAGAAACUGGAUGACUUUUUCAGACAUGUGAUGCAAAACCUUGGAAUAAAGAAAGACGAGAUAACUGAGGACAAAGUCAGGAGACUGAGAGGUAGAGUCAAGUCUUGUUCUACUCCAGCAGAUGAAAACGUGUUGAUCCAGGAGCUGGCCACCAUGAUGCUGCCUAAGGAGGAGAACUUCCUGCUUUUGUUCCGCAGAGAAACGCCGUUGGACAACAGCGUGGAGUUUAUGAGGAUCUGGAGAAACUAUGAUACCGACAGCAGUGGCUACAUCUCAGCCAAUGAGCUCAAGGGCUUCCUUCAAGAUCUGUUCCUCCAGCACAGGAAGUCCAUCACCCCUGAGAGGCUGGAGGAGUAUGCUGAUACCAUGAUGAAAAUGUUUGAUAAAAACAAAGAUGGCAGACUGGAUUUAAAUGACCUGGCCAGAAUUUUGGCCUUGAAAGAAAACUUCUUAUUGAAAUUCAAGAUGGAUGCUUGCAGUCAGGAGGACAGGAAGAGGGACUUUGAGAAGAUUUUUGCUCACUAUGAUGUUAGUAAAACCGGAGCCUUAGAAGGUCCUGAGGUGGAUGGAUUUGUCAAAGAUAUGAUGGAGCUGGUCAAGCCCAGCAUCAGCGGAUCAGAGCUGGACAAGUUCCGGAAAGCUCUGAUGGGCCACUGCGACAUCAACAGAGACGGAAAAAUCCAGAAGAAUGAGCUGGCUCUCUGCCUCGGCCUCAAACUCAGUUAACACUCCUCUCUAGCUCUAAACAAGUUAUGUUCUUAUUAGAUGCAUCCCUUUUUUAACAGUUUUGUUUCUUUUCUUAAUUCCGUCACAAUUUUGAUCAAACUUUAUUAAGAUCUGUCUUAAAAACAGACAAACUCCUAAUCUAAUGCGUGUUUCUUCUCUCCAGUAAGGCUCUUAGAUGUGCAAUCUCUCAAAUGUGUAGGACUGAUGGUGUUUUUAAUGACUGCAUGCUGCUUUUGUGUAAUGUACAUCAUGAAAUAAAAAGUAUUUGCAUGAUAAUGUUGCAUAAUCAUUAAAAAAGAGUGCUCAUUAACCAA